CGCUGCCUUGAUAUUCACGCGGAUGUCUUCACGCCAAAGGCGGACUUCUUUUUCAAAGCAGGAGAAAACCGGCUGAGAAAACUGUCUGUUUAAUGUGUUGUGUCUGAUUUUGAUCAGUAAUGGCGUCAGUGCGAGUCGCGGUCCGAGCCCGUCCAUUGAACAAAAGAGAAAAGCAGUUAUCAUCGAAGGUGAUAAUUCAAAUGAAGGGGAACUCUACAUCUAUUUAUAAGCCUUCACCUCUUCGAGGGGACGAGCUGAAGGGCAAAGGGAAGACCUUCUCUUAUGACUUCUCAUAUGAUUCAACGGACAGAGGAAGACUCACAUUUACAUCCCAGGAGAGGAUUUUUCAUGACCUGGGGUCUGAUGUCCUGAAAGCUGCGUUUGAGGGUUACAAUGCCUGUGUGUUUGCCUAUGGCCAGACAGGUUCAGGAAAAUCUUACACCAUGAUGGGUCAUACAGAAGAUAAAGGGUUAAUCCCACGGAUCUGUGAAGGUCUGUUCUGCGAGAUAUCUCGUAGAAGCAUGAGUGAUGCCGUGUCAUUCCGCACAGAGGUCAGCUAUUUGGAGAUCUACAAUGAACGUGUGCAGGACCUUCUCAAGAGGAAAACUGCACCCGCAGAUGGAGGCUUGAGAGUGAGAGAGCACCCCAGGGAUGGGCCCUACGUAGAGAAUCUGUCCAAGCACUUGGCACACAACCACAGCGACAUGGAGGACCUGAUCAUUCUUGGCAAUGCCAAACGCACCACAGCCAGCACAGGCAUGAAUGACCUCAGCAGCCGCUCUCACGCCAUCUUCACCAUCAGCUUCACUCAGGCGUAUUUUGACACAGAGCUGCCACGUGAGACGCUGAGUAAGAUCCACCUGGUGGACCUGGCAGGCAGUGAGAGAGCCAAUGCCACGCGGGCCACAGGCACCAGGCUGAAGGAAGGCGCCAACAUCAACAAAUCCCUCGCCACCCUGGGCAGUGUAAUCUCAGCUUUGGCUGACCUCAGCGUGGGAGGACUGUUGACGAAAAAGAAGAAACAGCUCUUCAUUCCUUACAGAGACUCUGUGCUGACAUGGCUACUGAAAGACAGCCUUGGUGGAAACUCUGUGACCACUAUGAUAGCAAUCCUUUUUUUGUUUUUCACGUUCUAUCUCACCAUUGCUCAUCCACCUGUGCGCUUCCCACCCCGGGGGCCUCUCACGGCAGCCAUCUCUCCCGCUGAUGUGAACUACGCGGAGACCCUGAGCACGUUGCGCUACGCCAGCCGGGCUAAGAACAUAGUGAACUCUCCCACGGUGAACGAAGAUGGCAGCGUGAAGGUGAUCAGAGAACUGCAGGCAGAGGUUGCCAGGCUCAGAGGACUGCUGGAAGAAGCCAAUCAGGUUUCCCAUGGGGAGCCAUCUUCCUCCGUGAAGGUAGAGGAGGAGCUGCAUCAGAAUGAAGCAAGGGUCCAAGCACUGACCAAGGAAUGGACCAGGAAAUGGGGCGAGACUCAAAGUAUUUUGCAGGAGGAUGCUGUGGCUCUGAGGAAGGAGGGGAGUGGAGUGGUCCUGGACUGCCAGUUACCCCAUCUGAUAGGCAUUGAUGAAGACCUGCUCAGCACUGGAAUCGUCCUGUAUUAUUUGAAAGAGGGCAGAACCCUGAUCGGGAGUGACGAAGCAUCAUGCAGUCAGGAUAUUGUGCUUCACGGGCCUGGGCUCCUUGGUGAACAUUGUGUGCUGGAGAACCGUGCUGGGACUGUGACUCUGAUCCCUCAGGAUGGCGCACUGUGUUCAGUCAAUGGCUCUGUGGUAACUGAUCCCUGCCAGCUGACUCAGGGUGCCAUCACAAAGUUAGGAAGAGGAACCAUACUCCGGUUUAACCACCCGACUGAAGCUGCCCAGCUCAGGGAGAAACGGCAGAGCCGGCUGCUGUCUGCCUUCAGCCUGCCCUUGACUGACAUGUCCAAAUCUACCGUGAAUCUGUCCAAGGUGAUGCAGCAAAACCCAGGGAGGAUGGAACUGAAGCUCAACCAGCAGGAGGUGGAAUGGCAGCAGGUCCAAGAAAACCUGAACAGACACAACAGGGACAUCAAAAGACUUUCAAAGCAAAACAGUGGGGCUCCCCAUCAACACAGAGAAGAAGAGAAAACAACGGGGGCAGAGAUGGAAGAGACUGGCAAUGACCAGAUGGAUACGCUUGCUGCAGAGACAGCUGUGUCCAAAGUGCCAAGCAGCUGUGUUACCUCUGCCAAAAUGGAGAUGCUCACGACUACAGGCACACCUGGAAAAUAUCCUGUCUGUCACACUAGUUUUGAGUUGGAUGGAGACACACUGCAGGGUGGGAUGAGCACCAGGGAUGGCCAGGAGCAGGAGAGGGACUCGUGUCAUAAAUCAGGGCCAGGGCCCACGUCUGAGAGGCUGUGGAGGAAAGCUCAGAGUGGGGCUGGAGCUGCAAGUUAUAAGGAAGAGGAGGUUUGGUCAGGGGAUGCCAGCUGCCAGCAGACAAAUGUCCUGGGCCUGGGUGAUGGAUGUGGCACGAAGCCAGAGGGGAAUGCUAACGAGAUCAAAGGCGUCAUGUCUGACUGGUACAAGGAGAGACCUGGCUCUGGUGGGAGCUCAUUAGGCAGCGUGUCCCACCUGCAGAGCAGCAGAGGAACUAGCUCCACACCCGUCCUCCCACAGACCAGCACUCCUCCUCCACUCGACAGAGUGCCUCUCAGCAGUCAAGCGGCCCGCUGUCCACCUGAGGGAACUACCUUCGAGGGCCAGUUAAGCUUCAGAGAGAUGUAUGAAUCUGGAGGUUUGGAGGAGAUCCCAGGAGUGUGUGUGACAGGGACUGCAGCAGCCAAAGUUCAAAACUCAGGACUGGCCUCUUUGGUCAGCAGAGUUUCCUGGAUUGUCCAAGAUGCAGGGCGUCUCCUUUGGAGCUCUCCCACAGUAUUGCAGCAAGUCAGGGAAGAGGGAAUACAGCCUGUUGGGGCCCGCUGGUCCAGUCACAUUGUCUCUUUGAUCAGGGAGAGUAAUGCUCUCUCUGUAGUGAAGGACAGCCAGGUAGUAUCCAUGGUUAAAGGUAGCUUUGUCUUCGCCCUGUUGAAGGAUAGUCACAUUUUUUCCUUGGUGACAGAACUACCUCUCAUACAGCACAUCCAUAUGGAGAUAACUCAAAACCUUCAGCCUGAGGAAGCAGCUCAGAUGAUUCAGGGCUGCAUUAAUCCUGACAAAAUCCAACUUCCAGUCCUGACACCAACACAAACCUUUAGCAAGGCAGAGCAACUGCCAGAUGAUGUACCACCAAUCCCAGAAGAUACCUGGACAAGGAAUACGAGUAUCAGGGAUCUGCGGUUACCAAAAAAGGAAGACAUGGCUGAUAUUCAUGUAAAACAAGGAGACAAACUGAUUACAGCGCUGUCACCAGUGAAACACAUCAGUCAGUCAGAGGCUGUCCGUGCACCUGAAGACAAAGAUCAGGCAUCAGUCAACUCAAGGCCUCUGCAAAGCAAAAAGGACGUUCAAAUCUUUUGUCAAACGUUGAUAGAAUUUCCUGAUUCCCUUUUGUACCUGCAAACUCUGCCACUGCAAGACAUGAUGGACGCUUUAAAAUCUAUUGUCUCUACCUCAGUGCUCACCUCCCAGAAGAUUAUAGCUCUCUAUUGGCUGAAUGUAGCUAAGUGCUGCCAACCUGAGCCUCGUCCUGCCCUCCUGAUCCUGGCAGAGACUGGUCUCUACACCCUGACUUCUGACUCUGGGCUCCUGGUUUUGUUCCAUCAACUCCCGUGGUUGCAGCUCAAAGAGGUGCAGAUAGGCUUAGCAGGCCACAAUCUGCGCUUGAUAGGCAACACAGAGGAGAGCAUCCUGGGUGUCUACACCCUCAGUCAGAAGCUUACCAAAGAGCUGUGCUGGGCCAUACUUGGUGUCAUCUGCCCCGGGGACAACAGGGUCUCCCAGCACCCACUGCUCCAUGGAGACUUGAUGAAGUUGUCUUUUGACUGGCAGGCCUGUGUGCCCGACCUGCUGCUGGAUGCUGGUUUAAGGGUUUGUUGCCAGUUUCAGAAAAGUCUUGCUGAUCUGGUUUAUCUUCUUCAUUGUAACAUGGAUCAAGAAACAGUAACUUUGGGAGAGGUGCAGCUACUACUGUGCACAGGUGUGAGGGCGUGCAUCAGCCCUAGUAGCCACACUGAGCCUCUGGCCCAGCUUCUACUCACUGAUACCCACAUCGGCCUGGUGCAGGAGGAUGCUGUCUUUCACCCAGCUCCAUGCUCCGUCACCACAGUGAGCUGCCGUCCCCAAUUCAACGACUUAACUCUCCGUCGGCGCUCAGAUGUGCGCUGCGUGCUGCUGCAUGAUGAAGACGAGCGCGGGGCUGUCAGACUGGAUGUAAUCCUAGCAAAUGUGAGGGGCAGGGGUCACCCUGAAAGCGUGACUAAGGCAGCUACCCCGCCAGCACAAGCUUCAAAUUCAUCUCCGCAUGCAGAAGUGUGGAAAUUAACUUUCAGUUGCUCCUCUGAGGCCGCCUGCCUGAUUAAUCACUUGUCAAAUGUCUGAUCAAGGACUGAACAGCCAGUAAUGAACAGCCCAGCUUGAAAACUCUCACUCACAGGGAGCAAAAGUGCAUCACAACCAGACAAUGCAAAGGACAGCUUCUCUGGUAAAUGACAGUGAAAACUAUGACCUAUUUUGAAGUUUCUGUAUUGAUUUGUGUUUCUAAAAGUUUUUAUCUUUUUAAUAUUGCAUGGCUAGAGCACUUUUAUCUUUAAAACCCUUGAAUUUCUUUGUUCUUCAGUUGUUAUUGUUCUUUAACUGCUAGCCUCCCAUUAUUGUUGUUGUCAAAGAGGUUGUCAGUUUAAUAUGGGAUGUUUAAAAUAAUUAGGGGUUCAAGGUUUAACAGUGAGGAUUAAAAACAUGUUUGUUUAUUUCAUUUGUUUCAUGGGCAUUGUUUUUAUAGGAUUUUAGAUUACCAAUCUGAUCAAAUGAUCUCACUGUCAGGUUUACUUAAUGUAUGUAUGUCAAAUUGUUGCCAAUUUUAAAUAUUGUAUAUACAAAUAGAUCUAUUGAAAUGGAUAUGUGUGAAUAUAUUUGUAUAAAUAAAAGGAAGGUAA